AUGCGUUCCCCUAAAGCACUCAUAUUCGCCGGUCUGCUCGUCGGACCGGCCGCCUCCACCACGCUCUCUCUGCGGCGCCGCACCAGCAAUGCAACGGCAUCAAUGGUCUCAACGACAUACGGCACCGUCUUCGACGUCGAAGCACAAAUCGGCGGGCAGAGCUUCCAGCUCCUUGUCGACUCCGGCAGCAGCGACACGUACGUGAUGAAAACCGGCUUCCGCUGCUUCGACAAGGCAGAGGGCCUCGAACUGGAGCCGGAAGAAUGCUUCUAUGACGUCGACCGGACGUACAAUGUCUCCGACACCUACGAGGAGAUCCCAAACCAGAUGUUUGGUAUUCAAUAUGGCGCCGGCAUCGCGAGUGGAGUCAUGGCAUAUGAAGAGGUCACGCUCGCGGGCGUCACUGUACCACGCGCCCGCGUCGCCAUCGCAGAUACGUCGACGCCCAUGGGCGAUGGCGUGAACUCCGGCCUAGUCGGCUUGGGAUAUCCAUCGCUGACCUCGGCGCAUCCUGCAAACCUCACCGAUAACACGACGUACUUUUACAACCGCCUCCCAUACAAGCCCCUGCUGUACACCAUGUACGACGAGGGCCUCAUUGCCGAACCCUACUUUGCACACGUCCUUGCCCGGAAUCCCAUGAACGAGUCCACGGGCUUCGGGGGAUACCUUUCCCUCGGCGAACUGCCACCAGUCAAACACAGCAAUGACUGGGCCAUCGCGCCCGUCGAAAUCAUCGACGAGAUCCCGCUGAAUUUCACCUCGAACAGACGCACAAGGUCCUACUGGGCCCUGACCAUCCCCUCCGUCUCCUGGGGCCGAAACGGGAGCACACACGCUCCGUUCCAGGCCUUCUUCGACACGGGGAACCCGCUCUCGUACAUCCCCGGGCGCAUCGCGAUCCCAUUCAACAAGCUCUUCAACCCACCGGGCGUUUACAGCGAGGAUCUAGGCGCGUACGUGGUCGACUGCAACGCGAAGCCGCCAUCAUCACUCGUGUUCGAAAUCGACGGGCACAAGUUCGACCACGACCCCGCGGAUUUCAUCUACCAGACUGGGGAGGACCUGUGUAUCUCGACGAUCGGGGUCGCGGAAAGGGUUGGGUUUGCGGGGCUGCAGAUCAACAUCAUCGGCGUCCCGUUCUUGAAAAACGUUCUUGGUGUCUUUGAUUUUGGCAAGAAUGAGAUGCGCUUUGCCCAGUUGCUCGAGGAGGUUACGGGAAAGAUUCCGGAUGAUGUGGAUGGCUCCGAGGGGGGUGAGGAUGGAACCGGUGAGGAUGAGGAUGAGUCUGACGACGAGUACGUGCCAGGGAAUGGUGCUGCGCGAGUGAUGCCAGGUGUCCUUGCCUGGACUGGUAUGGUGGGUCUGCUUGGGUGCUUCUUUGCUGUAUAA